AAAUAGUAUGAUUACACACUACAAUGCCUUUCGACGACCGCCACCACUGCCAACCACAACCACCAACCAGUUGAGACGGAUCGGAGCUGACUCCUUAGGUUGAUGUAAGUCGGCUGCCUUUGUCACCGGAUCUGAGUCCUGGACUCGUAACAGUACGUCUCCCACAUGGUUCAGGCUUCUGGAAUUUACUCGAGCUGCUUACCGUCCCAGCCUCGUUCGUCUCCGUCUCCGUCUCCGCUUCCCUCCGUGCUGCCUUGUGUCGUCCGAUCCUCCUUACCCGUCGAACUUACCAGAUUCUCCAGGGAAUUGCUCACUCUCUUCUCUCUUAAGGACUUCGGCCUUUGCUCUCCGCGCCUCGACACAUCUAUAACUACCCCCCGUCACCCUCUACCUCCGAAGUGUUGGCUCCGUUCUCUCUGAAAUACGAUGUUCCCCUAGAACCCAUUCCCAAUCUGCUCCACUCGUUGUAGUAAUGGAUUAUGGUCGACUCCGGGCUGCGGCCCUGAGAGACGGCGAGGAUGAGGAGGCGGUAACAGUAGAUACGAGGGCCCUCAUCGACAAGGUUCUGGCACGAUAUUCGGGCGAAUGGACAACCCUGCGAGAGCUCAUCCAAAAUGCCGCCGACGCCCAGGCCACUAUCGUCAAAAUAAAGUGGGAGACCCUCCCUUCGACACAGAUAGCGCUGCCGUCGACUACCGACCGCUCCGAAAUCCUUAAGCACAUAAUCGUGAACCACACUCUCCGUCGACUCGUCGUCCAGAACAACGGCCAGCCGUUCACGAGAACCGACUGGGGAAGGUUGAAGAGGAUCGCCGAGGGCAACCCCGAUGAGACCAAGAUUGGCGCGUUCGGCGUGGGAUUUUACAGCGUCUUCGCCGACUGCGAAGAGCCCUUUGUAAGCUCUGGCCAGGAGGCUAUGGCUUUCUACUGGAAAGGGAACGCUCUCUUCACCAGAAAACUGCAACUCCCCGAAGACCAGACUACCUCAGAUACCGCCUUCGUCCUAGACUACCGAAAUACGACCACACCAUUGCCGAAUUUGCUGUCGGUCGGCCAGUUUCUAGCCACGAGUUUGACAUUUGUGGCCCUCGAGAAUAUUGAAUUCUGGAUUGACGACUACAAAAUCCUCCACCUGCAGAAGAAGACCAGUCCCAGCGUUGACGUUGCUCUGUCGAGAGAUAUUGAGACUACUACUAAGGAACGUCUAAUGAAAGUACAGAGUGUCGACCGUGCAAGCGCGCAAAUAGACGCUACUUUCAUGAGCGCCAUCGGUUGGAAACCCCAGGUGGUGACGACGACGAGGAACGAGGCCUACGGAUUUGGUAGUUCAGACAUACCCUCGCUACGGAGCUUCUUCUCUAGAUUGACGGCGAACUCCUCAACCUCGAAAAGUACCAAAGCAGCGAAAGAAGAGAAGGCCGCCCAAGAACUGAUAACCGAGGACAUCACCGUGCCGUCGUCAUCAACCAUAUUCCUCAGGGUGACGACGGCCGCGAUCAAGACAUCCGUCACUGCCAAUUUUUCCGCCGAGUUAGAGAGAGCUACUAAAAAGCCUCCUCCAAAAAUCGCAAAACUAUCAAUCCUGACGUCUUCGUACGAUGAGACACAGGCUUCAGAGGGGUCCGACAGCUCCAGGGCUGUCGCUAAGGCCACGAAUGUCUUUGCGUCGGUUCUGCCUAGCAAGAAAGGCGGUCGAAUCUUCAUCGGGUUCCCAACUACCCAAACUACCGGCGCAGGUAUUCAUAUCUCAGCCCCGUCAGUCAUCCCCACGGUAGAGCGGGAGGCCAUCGAUUUAAACGCGAGAUGGGUUAGAACAUGGAACAUUGAGAUGCUACGAGCCGCCGGCAUCAUGACACGACUCGCCUUCCAGAACGAGAUGGCUGAAUUGCAGACCAAGCUGCAACGAGCUGGGGAAAAGUCUGGUGCCAACGUCACACCAAGAGACAUUGCUAAAUAUAUGCCGGAGGCGUUACAUAUACUGAAGGCUUUCACAUUUGGGGACUCCACGCCCAGUGGCAAUGUUUCUCAGAUUAUUGAGCAAGCGUUCUGGAUGUGUUUUAAAGGGCCUUUCAUAGAAAUCUACAGUAGUCGAGGCGUGCUUCCUACAACCAUGGUCCGACUUGGCUCGCAAGAGCUUGCUCAGUUUGUUGACGGAAUCCCAGUAAUUCCAUCCGAACUCGAAACCACCGGCUUUGUUCAGAAGCUGGUCGAGUUCGAUUUAUUAUAUGCUAUAACGGUCGAUGAUGUCCAAAAAGAGCUGUCUGGGAAGCCUCUCAACAAAGCCCAGCUCAUUAGCUUUAUCCAGUGGGCAAGCAAGAAGGCAGUUCAAGGAGAGCUUGAUCCCCCGAGCAGAGAUAAACUCCUUGACGUCGCCAUAGGCCUCGUCAGCGACGGUGAUGACGAUUCGGGUGGCAUCAUCGCUCUAGGAGCCAUCAAGCAUUAUCUGAGCCCUAACAAGAUACCUGCUGGAUUGCCCACCCCGCCGACAACGAUAGCUUAUGACUUUACCAGGAAUUGCAAUGCCAACGAGCUCCAAGCUCUAGGUUGGGAGCCUCUCGAGAUCGUCCCCUGGCUACGAUUCUUAAUGGAAGCUGGUCCGACGCGACCAGAAGGGCAAGAUUUAGCGAAAUCCCCGGAGUUUUCGAUUCGCAUACUCACCAUAUUAUCCAAGAAUUGGGACAACCUCAGCCAAAGCUCGAGGGGUACUGUCGUGUCGUUGCUCCAGAGCCAAACCGUGAUGCCUACCAAAUUAGGCAUGAGGAAACCGACGGAAUCCUUCUUUCAGAGCGUAAAACUCUUCGACGAUCUUCCCAUUAUCGAGGGAUGCUCUUCGCUUAAGGAAAAAUUCCUGUCUGCCAUCGGUGUAAGGAAGACAGUAGACCUGGACACGAUCUUUACACGCUUGCUCAAUCGCUCAGCUGAAGCUGAGAAUUCGGGACACGCGAAAUGGAGUCACGUCGAGCUCAUCAAAUAUUUAGCGUCGGUACGGAAUGAUAUCCCGAACGACGACCUCAAGAAGCUUAAAGAAUCUCGUAUAUGUCCGGCGGAAGCAGGACCUCCCAAUCUUGAAUGGUCUAAGGAAAGCUCGCAGCUCUACAAGGUCUCGGAGCUUUACGAGCCUAGGGCGCCACUGCGACCCCUGAACCUGAAGAUCAUCCAAUGGCCCGGAGGUGGCCUGCGAGCCGGCAGUACUGAGGGCAGGUUUUUGGCCACCCUCGGCUUGCACUCGUAUCCGUCGGCCCCCGAGGUCGUGGAUAUGAUGGCCUCGUCGGAUCAGAUGUUGAGGGCCAAUGCCUUGCAUUAUUUCCUUACUUACCAUCACACUAAUGGCUACGCAGCCUUCGACGUCGGGUCAACUAACAAGGCGUUUCUACCCCUACAAGGGAACGCGAAGCAACUUGUGACGCCGUCUCAAUGCUUUACUAACGAAGCUUCCGCCGCUUUGGGCUUCAAUAUCCUCAAAAAGGAGCUUCAUCCUCAUGCUCCCAAAUUUGGUGUAGUCGCUGACCCGCCAAUCGUCGAGUGCGUCGAGCGUCUAAUCGCCAAGCCUCCUCGGAAUCAGCAAGAAGCCAUGCUUCUCUUCGGGUACUUCGCAACUCGCCUGAACGAGCUGGGCAACAGUUCCAUUACGAGGCUUCGCGAUUCCUCUAUUGUACCGGUCCUGCGUCAAGGGCAGUUGCCCGCUCCCCAUUCACUGUCGGGUGCGUCAAACAAGGUUGGCAAUUUAAUCCAUCUAAGCCCCCGGAACUGCUACCUAGGCAGCUCUGUGAUGUAUGGAGAUAUAUUCGACUUCGUCGACUUUGGCAGUUCUGCGAAUGCCUUUCUGUCCACCUGCGGGUCAAAGACGGAACCAACCAAAUUAGAAGUCGCACAAUUGGCAGCAGGAGAACCGGCAAGACUUCUCAGCGUUCUUCGGAGCUCGGAGAAAUACCUGAGUCUUUUGAGGUUCUUGGCCGAGGAUAUGGCGACUUUGAAGAGAGAUAAGGAGCUUUGGAAGAAGAUGAAAGCUUCUCCGUUCUUGUUGGCAUUCAAGGAAAUCAGCGCACCCGCAAAGGAGAAGGCUCCGGAGAAUGAAGAAGAGGAGGCUCCCAUCAGACAUUAUCAACUUGCAGCCCCGGAAAAUAUCGUCAUUCUGGAUGACUACAUCAGCUACCGCUUGUUUAAAGACCACUUGAUCUGCGCACCCGAGGAAGAUAUCUUGGAAUCUUUCUACAUAGCUCUCGGCUCUCAAACUCUUGCCACUAUCAUCCAAGAAGACCUCAAGAUCGGGCCACACAGCACGAAGCAGGACGGCGCAGUCUGGCUUCGGAAACACGUCCUCGAGCGGUCAAAGCUUUUUAUUCAUGAAUAUGCCAGAUACAAGCGCGACGCCAUCAAGCACGACGCGAGGUGGCUCGAGAAAAACCUGACCGUAGAAGCCGUGCGGUCCGUCGCACUACGCCGAUCACUUCGUGGUCAAAAACCAUCACAUACUGAAAAGAGAUCUGCAGCGAGUGCAAAAGGCAAUAACGGCUGGGUCCUUUACGUGGCAUCGGAGUCGUCUCGUCCCGAUAUGUACCAAGUAGGACAGGCAGUCUGCCAGCUUAUUCUAAAUCGGCCGAGUCAGCAGGCUUAUUUCUUCUUUGAGCCGUUCCUCAAACUCGAUCUGCUUGAUUUGAGAGCUCGUGGAUACAAUGUCGACCGUAUCCUCAGAGCCAAGGCGGCCGAAGCUAGGAUUGCCGAGGAAGAGAGACGCAAGGCCUUGGAUGCCGAGCAAGCUAGGAUCAGAGAGCGAGAAGAGCUAUUCGGGAGACAGAACCAAGUUAUCACGACAUCCGCAAGGGAGCAGAAUAAGACGCCACCGCCUAGGAUGCCCGGCGGAUUCGAGUUUCCGGACGAUAACCCUAAAGCGCUAUUUCCACCACCCAUAACACCGCAGACGAAGAAGGGUAAAGGAAUCUUCUCCAACCUUUCCAAGCGGUUUGGAUUUGACACUUCCGACGAGGCGGAAGAGAACCUGAAGAAAUUCAUUGGCACAAACCCCGAGCCAGUACAGCUGCCACCAGCCGAGUCUUCAGGUUCUAAAUCUGGCAAAAGGGACGAGGGCAAGGUCACGAACCCAGCUAUCGUCCAAAACAAUCUUCUUGGCGCCAUCCAGUCCACCAGGGCACAUGAUUCCUCGCAAGUUUACUCCCCCCCAACGACUCGAGAAGUCAAGGAGCAGGCCACGUACUGCGACGACACUGCAGGAAAGGAUCUUAACCUAGUCGCGGAGGCGUCAAAUAGCAUGCGCAUAUUUGUGUCCAACUCGAUCCCCAACUUCGAUCCGGCGCAGUUCCUCGUAGCAAAUCACAGAUCCAUAAACUCUUUCGCCUCGCUCCUCCAAGAUGUCGGUGACGUAUAUUCUAUCAACAGGUCGGCACUGCACAUAUUCUACGACGAGACAGGCAACACGAUCGCCUUCAACCGGAACGGUAGCGUGUUCUGUAACCUGCGCUUCUACGUCCAGCUGCACGCGGACCAGCCGACGGGCGAAGGCAGAGCGGCGGCGGCGGUCUGGUGGUGGGUGGUGCUGGCCCACGAGCUGGCUCACAACAUCAUCCAGCCGCACAAUUCGGAUCACGGAUUCUAUACCGAGUCAUUCGUCAAGCAGUACUUCCCGCGGAUGAUGGUGAAGGUCACGCAGCUGGUGGGGGCCGCGACCGUGCCGCCCUCGUCUGCGCCGAAUGCCAGCCUGCGCCCCGAAACCGGCCCCGGGCCCUCGGGGGUUCCACCACCGUACCAGUACAACUAGGGAGUCCGUACGGGAACGGAGCUGCUAGACGUUCCUCGAGGGAGCGAUACUCCUACACGCGGCAGACAGCAGGCCGGUGUCCCUCGGGCUGAGAGGCGGGCGCGACCUGCAGCCAAUCGGCGACCACGGAAGCGAGACUCCAGCCCAGAACGGCCUCACGAGCGGAUCUUUUUGACGGGGGGACGGAGGGAGAAGAAGAAGAAACGAGCAUCUAGUCCAUAGAAUAUCCGGUCUGACGACCGACGAUGAGCAAACAACCGCGGCACUUGCAUUUAGAGCCCUCCCGUCCGUAUCGCAUCUCAUUGUACACGCAGGGGAGAGAAAGGGGAGAAAGAAGGGGGGGAGGGCCGGGUUAAAUCUUGUACACUGUAGCAUAUUUGCAUAGACCACUAGAUGUCGGGCUGGCCCCGCAAGCGGUACUCUAUAGACUUGAAUACACGGUUGAACAAGGGACACAGGAGGCCUAGUCGGGAAGCCCAGUCGGGAAGCCCAGUCGGGAAGCCCA